CGGGGGUCCGUGAGAUUUAGGAUCCGGUGAGUCCCGGAGAGUCCGGUCCCGCUCACUCCGCCCCUCUGCAGACUCCACGGGAGCUCCAUUCAAACCAAGUCCGCGCCCCGGGAUGCCUCAGAGGCUGUGAACCGAGAGAAAGGCGGCCGCAGCAGCACAACAAGCACCGAGGCACCUUUUACCUGAGGACAAAUCAAAGGAGCCGUCGCGGACACACGCGCAGACAGCCCGGCACGCACUCUGCUAACAGGAGGCUAACGACAUGGCGAGCGCCUCGUACCACAUCUCCAACCUGCUGGAGAAAAUGACCUCCAGCGACAAGGAUUUCAGGUUCAUGGCGACCAACGACUUGAUGACGGAGCUGCAGAAAGAUUCCAUCAAACUGGACGACGACAGCGAGAGGAAGGUGGUGAGGAUGAUCCUCAAACUGCUGGAAGACAAAAACGGAGAGGUUCAGAACUUGGCUGUCAAAUGCCUGGGGCCUCUGGUCAGUAAGGUGAAGGAGUACCAGGUGGAGACCAUCGUGGACACGCUGUGCACCAACAUGCUGUCAGACAAAGAACAACUCCGAGACAUUUCCUCCAUUGGACUCAAAACUGUGAUCGGAGAGUUACCGCCGGCCUCCAGCGGCUCGGCUUUAGCUGCCAGCGUUUGUAAGAAGAUCACGGGUCGAUUGACGAGUGCCAUCGCCAAACAGGAAGACGUGUCCGUGCAGCUGGAGGCACUGGACAUCAUGGCCGACAUGCUCUGCAGACAGGGCGGUCUGCUGGUGAACUUCCACCCCUCCAUCCUCAGCUGUUUGCUCCCUCAGCUCACCUCCCCCAGACUCGCUGUCAGAAAGAGGACCAUCAUGGCUCUGGGCCACCUGGUGAUGUCCUGUGGGAACCUGGUCUUCAUCGACCUGAUCGAGCACCUGCUGACGGAGCUGGGGAGGAACGACAACAUGUCCACCACCAGGACCUACAUCCAGUGCACGGCGGCCAUCAGCAGACAGGCGGGACACCGGAUCGGAGAGUAUCUGGAGAAGAUCAUCCCUCUGGUGGUGAAGUUCUGUAACGUGGAUGACGACGAGCUCAGAGAGUACUGCAUCCAGGCCUUUGAGUCCUUCGUCAGGAGGUGUCCUAAAGAAGUUUACCCCCACGUUCCCACGAUCAUCUCCAUCUGCCUGCGCUACCUGACCUACGACCCCAACUACAACUUUGACGACGAAGACGAGGAUGACAACGCCAUGGACGCUGAGCAGAACGAUGAAGACUACCAGGGAAGUGACGACGAGUACAGCGACGACGACGACAUGAGCUGGAAGGUCCGGAGGGCGGCGGCCAAGUGUCUAGACGCCGUGGUCUCGACUCGUCACGAGAUGCUGCCGGAGUUUUACCGCUCCGUCUCUCCGGCGCUCGUCUGCCGCUUCAAGGAGCGGGAGGAGAACGUGAAGGCGGAUGUUUUCCACGCCUACCUGUCGCUGCUCAAACAGACCCGGCCGGCUCAGAGCUGGUUGGCUGACCCGGACGCCAUGGAGCAGGGGGAGACGCCGCUGACGAUGCUGCAGAGUCAGGUUCCCAUCAUCGUUAAAGCUCUGCACAAGCAGCUGAAGGAGAAAAGUGUGAAAACGCGUCAGUGUUGCUUCAACAUGUUGACGGAGCUGGUGAACGUCCUCCCAGGAGCGCUGAUCCAGCACAUCCCGGUUCUGGUACCAGGAAUCAUCUUCUCUCUGAACGACAAGUCCAGCAGCUCCAACCUGAAGAUCGACGCCUUGGCCUGCCUCCACGUCAUCAUGGUCUCACACCCCGCCCACGCCUUCCACGCCCACGUCCCCGCCCUCGUUCCACCCGUGGUGGCGUGCGUGGGAGACCCCUUUUACAAGAUCACCUCAGAGGCUCUGCUCGUCACCCAGCAGCUCGUUAAGGUGAUCCGGCCUCUGGAUAACCUAUCAGAGGGCUCCGACAGCUUUGACCCCUCCCCCUACAUAAACGACCUGUUCACCUGUACGAUCAAGCGCCUGAAGGCGGCCGACAUCGACCAGGAGGUUAAAGAACGAGCCAUUUCCUGCAUGGGACAGAUCAUCUGUAACCUAGGGGACCGCCUGCCCAAUGAGCUCGCAGGAACGCUGCUGAUCUUUCUAGAACGCCUGAAGAACGAGAUCACACGGCUGACGACGGUGAAAGCGCUGACGCUGAUCGCCGGCUCGCCGCUGAAGAUUGAUCUGAGGCCGGUUCUCCCCGACGCCGUGCCCAUCCUCGCUUCCUUCCUGAGGAAGAACCAGCGAGCGCUGAAGCUCGGCACGCUGGCUGCUCUGGACAUCCUGCUCAGAAACUACAGCUCCGCGGUGACCCCCGUCAUGGUGGACGCUGUCCUGGCCGAGCUGCCCCCCCUCAUCUCAGAGAGCGACAUGCACGUGUCUCAGAUGGCGCUGAGCUUCCUGUCCACGCUGGCCGUGACCCACCCGUCCUCUCUGGGUCAGCUGAGCGGGGGGAACAUCCUGCAGCAGCUCAUUGGGCUGGUUCGAUCCCCUCUGCUGCAGGGAGGAGCGCUCGCUGCCAUGCUGGACUUCUACCAGGCUCUGGUGGCCACAGAAACUCCUGGUUUGGGCUACAUGGACCUGCUGAGGAUGCUGACGGGUCCGGUCUACUCUCAGAGCGCCGCUCUGCCUCACAAACAGGCGUACUGCUCCAUCGCUAAAUGUGUGGCGGCGCUGACCCGAGCCUGUCCCACCGAGGGGCCCGCCGUGGUCGGACAGUUUAUCCAGGACGUGAAGAACAGCCGCUCCACAGACUCCAUCCGGCUGCUCGCUCUGCUCUCGCUGGGCGAGGUGGGCCACCACGUGGACCUGAGCGGCCAGCCGGAGCUGAAGACCGUCAUCCUGGACGCCUUCUCCUCCUCCAGUGAAGAGGUGAAGUCGGCGGCGUCAUACGCGCUCGGCAGCAUCGCGGUGGGGAACCUCCCGGAGUACCUGCCCUUCGUGCUGCAGGAGAUCACCUCGUCCAAGAGGCAGUACCUGCUGCUGCACUCGCUCAAAGAGAUCAUCAGUUCGGCGUCGGUGUCGGGCCUGAAGCCGUACGUGGAGUCGGUCUGGUCUCUGCUGCUCAAACACUGCGAGUGUCAGGAGGAGGGAACCAGGAACGUGGUGGCCGAGUGUCUGGGCAAGCUGACGCUGAUCGACCCCGAAACGCUGCUGCCCCGCCUCAAAGGAUACCUGCUGUCAGGGUCGUCUCACGCCAGGAGCUCCGUGGUGACGGCGGUGAAGUUCACCAUCUCUGACCAGCCGCAGCCCAUCGACCCACUGCUGAAGAACUGCAUAGGUGACUUCCUGAAGACGCUGGAGGACCCGGACCUGAACGUGCGCCGCGUCGCCUUGGUAACGUUUAACUCGGCCGCUCACAACAAACCCAGUCUGAUCCGAGACCUGCUGGACUCGGUUCUACCGCAGCUUUACAACGAGACCAAAGUGAGGAAGGAGCUGAUCCGAGAGGUGGAGAUGGGUCCGUUCAAACACACGGUGGACGACGGGCUGGACCUGAGGAAGGCUGCGUUCGAGUGCAUGUACACCCUGCUGGACAGCUGCCUGGACCGACUGGACAUCUUCACCUUCCUGAACCACGUGGAGGACGGGCUGAAGGACCAUUAUGACAUCAAGAUGCUGACGUUCCUGAUGCUGGCCAGACUGUCGUCACUUUGUCCCAGCGCUGUCCUGCAGAGACUGGACAGACUGGUGGAGCCGCUGAGAGCCACCUGCACCACCAAGGUGAAGGCCAACUCGGUGAAACAGGAGUUCGAGAAGCAGGACGAGCUGAAGAGGUCGGCGAUGCGGGCCGUCGUGGCGCUGCUGACGAUCCCCGAGGCCGAGAAGUCGCCGCUGAUGUCCGAGUUCCAGUCCCAGAUCUCGUCCAAUCAGGAGCUGGCGGCCAUCUUUGACUCCAUCCAGAGAGACUCCAGCUCCGCCAACAUGGAGUCCAUGGACACCAGCUAAAGAAACACGGACAGAACGAGUUUCCCAUGAUGCAACACGGCACCACCUCGCUGCUGGAGCGCCAAACCCUGCAGCAUGUUUCCAUAACGACAGGACACACACACACACACACACACACUUGUAGUGACACACACACUCUCCUAGAGAUCAAUCGUUCCAUGAUGCAUUGCACUGAUUUCUGCAGUUGGACAAAACGGACAGAUGGACGGACAAAAAGGACAAAAAUCGAAAAGUAAAAAAAAAAAAAAAAAACUAGAAAAAUAUUUUCCAUCAGAGGCUGGAAAGCUC